AUGUGGUUGCAUUUUAAAGAUUUGGCACAGUUGGAAAUAAUAUGUAAGCAGCUUUAUGAGGCCACAGAUCCAACCCAAAGAUUGCAAGCAGAGAAAGCCUUGAUUGAGCUUACUGAGAGCCCUGAAUGUCUCAGCAAGUGUCAACUCCUAUUGGAACAAGGAACUACUUCAUAUGCUCAACUGUUGGCAGCAACAUGCCUUACAAAGCUUGUGACUCGGGUGAAUCCAUUACCACUGCAACAAAGAAUUGACGUCAGGAACUACAUCUUGAACUAUUUGGCGUCAUGUCCAAAGCUAGAACCCUUUGUGAUCCAAGCCUUGGUGCAUCUUAUAGCCAAAAUUACGAAAAUGGGAUGGUUUGAGGUCCGGAAAGAUAAACUUGCCUUCAGGGAGGUGAUUGCUGAUGUUACCAAAUUUCUACAGGGCAGUGUGGAACACUGUAUAAUUGGUGUGAUGAUCUUAGCUGAACUUACACAGGAAAUGAACAUGGCUGAUUCAACAAGACCAUUAUCCAAGCAGCGAAGAACAGCUACCUCAUUUCGUGAUGUGUGUUUACGAGAAAUAUUCACUUUGGCCUGUACAUUACUGAGGGAGGUGUUGGCGAAGCCCUUAAACUUUCAGGACCAAACACAACACAGUCUGGUGAUGCAUCUUCUCAAACUUGUGCUGAACUGCCUCAGCUUUGACUUCAUUGGGAAUUCAACUGAUGAAUCUACAGAUGAUCUUUGUACUGUGCAAAUUCCAACUAACUGGAGGGCAGUAUUACUGGAUAUGUCGACCUUACAACUAUAUUUUGAUCUCUAUCAUAGCAUUCCUCCAUCACUUUCCCCACUGGCACUUUCCUGUUUAGCCCAACUUGCUUCAGUGAGGAGGUCAUUGUUUAGCAAUACAGAAAGAGCAACAUAUCUUACUCGCCUGAUGAAAGGGAUACAACGAAUACUUGAAAAUCCUCGGGGUUUAUCUGAUGCAAACAACUAUCAUGAAUUCUGUAGAUUUCUGGCUCGUUUAAAGACCAAUUAUCAGCUAGGUGAAAUAGUGAUGGUGGAAGGUUACCCUGAAAUCAUUAGAUUGAUUGCUAAUUUCACAGUCACAAGUCUGCAGCAUUGGGAAUUUGCUCCAAACAGCGUACACUAUCUACUGAGUCUUUGGCAGCGAAUGGUUGCAUCAGUCCCCUUCGUUAAAUCUACUGAACCUCAUCUAAUGGAGACUUAUGCACCAGAAGUCACAAAAGCUUACAUUACUUCAAGGCUGGAGUCAGUGCCUGUAAUCAUAAGAGACUGUUUAGAAGAUCCUUUGGAUGACACAGGCAUGGUCUUCCAGCAGUUGGAUCAGCUGUGUACUGUGAGUCGCUGUGAGUACGAGAAAACAUGUGCACUCCUUGUACAGCUGUUUGAUCAGUCUGCUCAGACAUAUCAGGAACUCCUGCGUGCUCCCAGUGGCAGGAACAUGGAAAUUGCAAUCCAGGAAGGUCGUUUGGCUUGGCUAGUGUAUAUAGUUGGUGCUGUAAUUGGAGGCAGGUUAACCUUUACUUGCACUGAUGAACAAGAUUCAAUGGAUGGAGAAUUAGUUUAUCGUGUGUUUCAGCUGGUGAAUUUGGUAGACUCUAGGCUGCCACAGUCAGGAAAUGAAAAAGUCGAGCUUGCUAUGCUUAGUUUCUUUGACCAGUUUCGUAAAACAUACAUCGGUGACCAGCUUCACAGAUCCUCAAAGGUUUACGUCCGAAUAUCUGAAGCUUUGAGUCUAACCGAUGAAACACGUGUUCUUGAAACAUUUGUGGCAAAAGUUGUCAACAAUCUAAAAUGCUGGGGGAGAAGUGAACUGGUAAUUUCCAGAACACUGCAGUUUCUUAAUGACUUGUCUGUUGGAUACGCCAUCUUGAAGAAGUUGGUAAAGAUUGAUGCAGUUCGGUUCAUGCUUCGGAACCACACUUGUGAACACUUCCCUUUCCUGGGCAUCAGUGAACAUUUCCGCCUUGGUGAUGCUGUUCUGAGAUGCCGCACAACCUUCUAUACAGCACUGACUCGCCUGCUUCUCAUAGACUUGGGUGAGGAUGAAGAUGAAUUUGAGUUGUUCAUGAUGCCACUAACUACAACUUUUGAAAAUCUGACACAGCUUUUCAAUAGCAACUUCAAGCAAGACAAGGCCAAGUGCAUGUUGAUAGGCCUGUCACGGGACCUCAGAGGGAUUGCCUUUGCUCUGAACACAAAAGCCAGCUACACCAUGCUGUUCAACUGGCUAUAUCCAGGAUAUAUUUCAAUCCUCCAACGUGCUAUUGAGCUGUGGUACCAUGAGCCGUCAUGUACAACACCUAUCCUGAAAUUAAUGGCUGAACUAGUUCACAACAGGUCACAGAGGUUGAAUUUUGAAGUAUCAUCGCCAAAUGGAAUUCUUCUAUUCAGAGAAGCCAGCAAAAUGAUUUCCACUUAUGGUAAUCAAAUCCAAACCCUCGGGAAUAUCUCCAAGGAUCAGGUUUACCCGCUGAAGCUCAAAGGCAUCUCUAUCUGUUUUUGUGCAUUGAAGGCUGCUCUUUGUGGGAACUAUGUCAGUUUUGGUGUUUUCCAGUUAUAUGGGGAUAGCCACUUUGACAAUGCACUGCAAGCCUUCCUAAAAAUGCUGAUGUCAAUCUGUCACAACGAUUUGCUGUCUUAUCGGAAGUUGAGCUUAUCUUACUAUUCGUUGUUGGAAUGCCUUACCCAGGACCACAUGAAGUUUAUUUCCAACCUAGAGCCCCACGUGGUUAUAUACAUCCUGACCUCUUUAUCAGAAGGACUCAAUGCUUUGGAUACUGAGAUCUCAUCUGCUUGCUGUGCAAGUUUGGAUUAUAUCGUCACAUACAUCUUCAAACAGCUGGCAAAAAGUAACAAAAAAUCUCUGAGAAUGAGACAGGUGGCACAAGAAGGGGAGCGAUUGUUAUGCACCAUGCAGCAGAACCCAGAGAUUCUACAACAGAUGCUGUCCAUUCUAAUGAAUUGCAUUAUAUUUGAAGACUGUAGGAAUCAGUGGUCAAUGUCACGUCCACUCCUGGGACUGAUACUUCUCAAUGAGAAGUAUUUCAGUGAAUUGAGAAGAAAUUUGAUAAGCAACCAGGACCCUGAGCAGCAGCAAACACUGAAUGCAUGUUUUGAGAAAUUAAUGGAAGGAGUGGAACAGAACUUGCUAAUCAAGAACAGAGACAGGUUUACACAGAACAUGUCCAUUUUCAAACGUGAUGUGACUGAGACUUUGCGCAUUUGUACAACUGCCAAUACCCCUGUUGAUAUGGCCAAGGCGGAUACGUACUACUACACCUAUUUCUAG